AGACCGCCGCCGGUGGGACUCGCGAAAAUUUGAAUUGGAACGUUACGUACGAAAUCGGCUGUAAACGAGGUAGCUGAUCGAUUUAGUUUUCACGAUUUUUAUACGAUCUUAUCCAAAGAUGGAUAAGUUGUUUGAGAACUCGUAAAAUUUCCAGUUUCGUGAACUUAUCAAUCAAUCCAGUUCGGUUGAAGAUUUUUUUCUGGAUCAGAUCAUAUGAAUUAAAAAAAAUUGACUCGUAGAUUGUCGUCAGUGAUAAGAGAGUGGAUUGGAUGAGGAAGAAUCUACUAUCUGGUGUAGCAAUUUGCCGUUUCGGUCGGUCGGGAACUCAUCUAUCGUAGCGUUGGCAGUUCAUUAAGUAGAAGCAGAUAGGCCCGUUCUUGGUAUCUGGGAGACGACACAACUCUUCAUUCGUUCGGUGGACGUCGCCGUGAUAGGAAGUCGUCCUCAUCAUCAGCUUCCGCGUGUUAUUGAUCCAUCGCGCGUCUUCAAUCUGUCCGCAACACGCUGUUGAUAGAGUUUCGAUCGAGAGAGCACGCGCGCGUACGCCUAUCAAAACGCGCGAUAAUAAUAAAAUAAAUUAAUAUAAAUUGUGGAAUCGACCAAGUCAAUACAAACUUUGCCAAGCGAGUGAGCAAAACAAAGUGAUAUCUACAUAGUAAGAGCACCUUCAUCAGGAUCUCCUUUCCCAUCCCAUUCGAGAGAUAUCGAUCACGCCUCACGCGAAAUCAACUUCACAUGUUCCGCAUGUGAAUUUUUCACUCCUCGGUAAUCUAGGCCUCAUUGCGCAAUCUAAUGUAAGAUGCAUCGAACCGGGCAAAAUCACCGGAUUGCCGGCGUGCUAUUACUUUUACUCGGUACACUAUGUUCGGGAAAUCUUUAUCAGCAACAUGAACGACCCCAUAUCGUCAUUAUCAUGGCCGAUGACCUGGGCUGGAACGAUGUCGGUUUCCACGGCUCCAAUCAAAUCCCAACGCCCAACAUCGAUGCCCUGGCCUACGAUGGAAUCAUUCUGAAUCGCCAUUACACGGCCCCAAUGUGUACUCCCUCGAGGGCUGCCAUGAUGACUGGCCGGAAUCCUGUAAAUGUCGGAAUGCAACAUUAUGUGAUUGACACCGAUGAACCGUGGGGAUUGGGGUUAGAUCAAAAGAUCAUGCCCGAGUACUUCAAGGAAGCCGGUUACCGGACGCAUUUGGUGGGCAAGUGGCAUUUGGGAUUCUUCGCCCAGCAGUACACUCCUUUGAGGCGUGGCUUCGAUAGCCACGUGGGCUAUUAUGCGCCCUACAUAGAUUAUUGGGACUACACCAACAAGAUGAAUGAUCCGGAGAAAAAAUACGUUGGAUACGAUUUGCGAAAUAAUUGGGACAUUGAUUUGGAUGCCAACGGAACCUACGCUACUGAUCACUUUACAAACGCGGCCAGCAAAAUCAUAGCGCAACAUAACGAAAAGGAUCCUCUGUUUCUGAUGGUGAAUCACUUGGCACCUCACGCCGGCAAUGACGAUUAUCCUAUGCAAGCUCCGCAGGCAACGAUCGACAAGUUCGGCUACAUUGCGGAUGAGAAUCGGCGAAUUUAUGCAGCCAUGAUGUCCAAGCUGGAUGACAGCGUUGGAGAAAUCUUCAAAGCGCUGCGCGCCAAAAAAAUGUUAAAGAACACCAUCAUCCUGUUCCUGUCGGACAAUGGAGCCCCCUCGGUGGGAUUGCACGCAAACUAUGGCUCCAAUUCCCCAUUAAGAGGACAAAAGAACUCUCCGUGGGAAGGGGCAACGCGUAACGUCGCUGCCAUUUGGAGUCCGUUGAUCCAGGAACGGCAACGUGUUUCCAAUCAGUUUGUGCACAUCUCCGACUGGCUUCCGACCCUGGCAGCAGCAGCUGGAAUUCAUCUGCCGCAUUUGAAAAAUCAGUCGGAAAUCGACGGCAUCGAUCAGUGGGAAGCGCUUUCGUAUGAUACCGGAAAUCCUAGGAGGGCGGUGCUGAACAUGAUCGAUGAGGAAGCUGGUUACAGUAGUUACAUGGAAAAUGGUUUGAAAUACGUGAAUGGGACUACUGUGGAUGGAGCGUUCGAUGAUUGGUUUGGUGUGCUGCCAACAACGGAUAAAAUUCCGUCUGACGAUGAGUACUUUAAGAAAAUAGUAGAAUCCGAAGUCGGUAGUCAGUCCCCCGUGGGUUUGACAAAAGAUUCGAUGAAAUAUCUCCGGAAGCAUGCUGUCAUCAGUUGCAAAACUCCACUCAAUCCUACAUCUUGUGAUCCGAGGGUGCGAGCAUGCUUGUUUGACAUCAUCAACGAUCCAUGCGAACGGAACGACAUCUCUGCCCGAGAACCUUACAAGUUCCGGGAGCUGCGGGCAAAGGUGGAAAGGUAUCGAAGGGCUGCAGCUAAACCCCGUAACAAACCCGCGGACCCAGCUGCCAAUCCGGCUAACUUUGGUGGCGUCUGGAACUGGUGGCGUCGAGAUCAACCUUGCAAACAUGGAAAUAACAUCGUCUCUCACGAGGGCUUAGAGAUCCCUCCACCUCAUUCGAGCCUCCCGGAGGACAUCCAACUGACCGUAAUUAUCUCGAUAGUCGUAGUCGGAGUUGUGUUCGUGUCCGGUGCGCUAAUCUAUCUUUCCAAUAAAAAUCUAUUACGAAUCUGUAGGUGUCAGAAGGAAAAACCGGUAUCUGGGGAUACCACUAUUGGCAGCCCUUCCGAGUUCCAUCACCAUGCCGAUCUGCAUGAUUCGGGUUCUAGCGACGGCAAACUGUCCGACGUCUUCGGUCAGUCUUCCAAAUCCAAAAACUCCUCCAAGGUUUAUCACGUUAGUAACAACAGUUUAGAUCGGUUUUGAGGGCUUUUCACCUGUAGGCAAAAGGGGGUGUAGCUUUAAUUGGUUCUAACACGGUUACUAACACCGGGAAAUUACGAUAAGUAACAUUCAGUAUUCCUAAUCUCUCGCUGGCUUGCUAAGGUCUUUAGCUGUGGUUCCUUUCUUCCUAACCUGUAUCUGAGACAUACUUUGGAAUAAAACUAUUGGGUUAAUCACUUUGAGUGGUGUGGUUCGGUCCACCGGGCUAUGAUGAUUGAAGAUAAGCAAUUUUAAUUCAUAAUGAUUCUGU